AUGAAUUAAUUAUAAAUCUCAACUUAAGAAAUUAGCAAAUACAAAGACACAAUCACUUAAUUUCUAAAAGAUAAUAAUCUGUAUGAUUGUUUAGCCCAUCACAACUAAGUAUGAGUGUGAUUAAAUAAAUAGUUGGUCGUAAUGGAUUAGACAUUUACUUGUUGGGAAGUAUUUUACAUCUUUGUUGAGGAAAACAUAGAAGAAACUUUAUUCUGGAAUUCAGAUGUUUCAAAUUAUGAUGGAGUAUUCACACACUCAGAUUUGAUAAAAGUGCUCUUAAAAUUAUACGAAAAUGCAUUUAACAAUAAAUCUUCAUGUAUAAAAUUACAUCUAAUUAAGUACAACAGUCUGGUCCCUUAUUUAAUGUAAUUGAAGAGGAGAGCGAAGACCAAGAAGAAAUUAUUUAGAAGAAAUAAUCUCAGAAGCUACCACCAAGUGAAUUGAACGAUGAUUAAAAACUAAGAUUAAUUUAUGAAAUGAAGACUAUUUCGAUAAAACAGUGGAAUCGCAUUGUGAAAGAUGAUGUAAUUUCUAACUCUUUAUUCAAAUAGUUGUAAUCUUCCGGAUUUGUACAAGGCAGAAACGAUGAAAGAUUAUAUGAUGCUUGUGUUAAAAUUGUGAAGUCUGGCAAUAGUCGACUUUUUGUGAUCGAUCCAGAGACUUUAAUGUUUUAAGGAGUUAUUCAUCAAAAAGAUAUCUUAUCAUUUUUAAUCAAAGGCUUUACCUAAUAUUUAGGAGCAGUAUUAAAAUAAUAAAAUAACAUUCUAUCUUAACAUUAAUUAAGUAUUAAAGCAUUUUUUUCCAAUUAUAAUAUAUCAAAAGAAAUUAUAACUUGUAAAGAAAACGAAACUGUUUAUUAGUAUCUAUUUAAUUUUAAGCAAGAGUAUUUUAUACUAUGA